GUAGGGGUACUCGCUACGGUUUUCGACGUUUGAUUAAAUUCCGGCGUCGUUCGUUCGCUAUAUCGAUAUCUCAAAUUUUUUUUUUUUUUUUUCACUCCUCGUUGUUGUUUUGCGAUACCUACCUACCUUAUAUCAUAAUCAGUCUGUGUUAUAACAUUAUUAUACAUACCGACACGUCCAUUCGUGUCAUGCCGUCGUGUCGUCGUUGAAUCGAGUGGAUGCACAGCAGUGAUGUUGAUCGGCAGCGGUACUGCGGGCAACUUCGGGAGUUUCAACGUGGACCAUCCGGGCGGGCCGAGUAUCAUCAGCGGGCUACAGGGAUCGCCUCACCACGCGAGCACCGCCAACCAGCCCCAACAGCAUUCGCCCGGUUCGUCGUCGGGCGGCGGCGGCGGCGGUGGUGCCGGAGGAGGUAGCGCCAUGACGCCGCUGUUGCCGUCGUUCGGGUUCACCCAGGAACAGGUGGCCUGUGUGUGCGAGGUGCUCCAGCAGUCCGGCAACAUCGAGCGGCUGGGCCGGUUCCUAUGGUCGCUGCCCAGUUGCGACAAGCUGCACAAGCACGAGAGCGUGCUCAAGGCGAAGGCCAUCGUGGCGUUCCACCGCGGUAACUUCAAGGAGCUGUACCGGUUACUGGAGAGCAACCAGUUCUCCGCGCACAACCACCCCAAGCUGCAGGCCCUCUGGCUCAAGGCGCACUACGUGGAGGCCGAGAAGCUCAGGGGCCGCCCGCUGGGUGCCGUCGGCAAGUACCGUGUGCGCCGCAAGUUCCCGCUGCCCCGCACCAUAUGGGAUGGCGAGGAGACCAGCUACUGUUUCAAGGAAAAGUCCCGGAUGGUGUUGCGAGAAUGGUACGCCAGCAACCCGUAUCCGAGCCCCAGGGAGAAAAGGGAAUUGGCCGAGGCCACCGGAUUGACUACGACCCAGGUGUCCAACUGGUUCAAAAACCGCAGGCAAAGGGAUCGGGCGGCCGAACAGAAAGACGGCAUGUCCGGUAGCCGGAGUCCAACGGGAAUGGGCGACGGAUGCGAGAAGAUGGUCGCAUUAAACUCUUAUUCUGACCACUUGUCCAGUCACGAGAUGAUGUUCGGAGGCGGAGGYGACCUCAAGUCAUCCAUGUCCGGCGUCGGAGGCAUCGGCGCGGGCGGCAUGUCCAUGAUGGCCAAUUCGGCGGCCGCGGCCGCGGCGUACCACCACCAGACGCAGCUGAUCGGCGGCGGUAUCGGAGGCGGUGGCAGCGGCAUCGCCGGCGGUUUCGGGUCCCCCAUCGGCAGUCGCCCGCUGAUCGGCACUGGCGUCGGAGGCGGCGUCGGCAACGGCGACCACCACAGCCACUUGCAGCAGAUCGCCGCCGGCCACCCGGCCGAUCCUUCGCUGCUGCACGACUAUCAUUCCUUAUGACAGUGGGUGUCUGGCUACAACGGUGGCCAGCAGUGAAGUGGCUACGGAGGCGCACUCGCACCCGCACGCCGCUCGCACCCACACAGCACCCACACCCGAGCWUYGCUCUAUUAUGCAUUAUACAUAGUAAUAAUUGUUGUAAAAAUAAUAACAAAAUUCAAACGCACACCACUCAUCGGCGGCGCGCGGGUGCACAAUAAACUGC